AUGAAGUACGUCGUCGUCCCCACUGUUGCAACCGUGUCCAUCAUCAUGACCUUCUGCUUCGGCUGCACUCGAGCCUAUUUGCCCGACGCCGCCGUCGACCUCACAAAUUCUUUGUCCAACGUCGCUUACCCGGCUCCAGUUCCUUCUUUGCCCGACGAAGUCUCGGAAAAUGAACAAGAUGGUUUGAAACGGAACAAUAUUUGCGGUAAGUUUCUGUUUAGCCGAGUUUCCCGACGAAGAAUCCGAACUGGACUCGUUGUAUCGCAACAAACUCACAUUUCGAAGGAGAAAUGUCAACACUGGACAGUCUGGGUACGGGUUUUUUCACCAACUGUUGUGUCUAUCAUGUUUUUUACGUCGAAAAUUUCGAAAAAAAUUUUUCGAUCCCUGUUAAUGUUUUUAUUGCGUGCUACUUUAAGGCAUCGGAUUCCCUUCAGUCGUAUGACACACAAGCAAGGCUACGGUAGCAAUGGUCGCUACCCAUUGCGCCCUGGGUAUUUCAACGCUGAAAGGUGGAUUUGCAAGGAUUGUGAACAUUUUUUUUUUCUCUAACAGAAAGCCAUUCAUCGGUCACAACUCACAAAGUGCCAUUUUGCCCAUGACUACUGGUGGCAGCUACGGUCCAUAUCCAAGCGGUAACAUUUCAAUUUUUGUUUGGUUUUUCGUUCAAAGUGCUCAUCAUAUCAAUCAAAUCAUUUAUUUUGUGGUUCAAGUCAGAUAUAAUUGACCAGGCGGUGAACACGAACUUCUUUGAAAAAAAAAAGAAAUUUUCUCUUCCUUAUCUUAAAUUUUAAAAAAUAUGACCAACGACUUUUUUAGAAACUUUUUUCGUACUUUCUUGAAAAGCUUGAAGGGUUCUACAACAAAAAAAAGAGCCUCCUACGGAGGUAUAUUAAAGGACUCCCUAUAGGAUCAUUUAGGACCCAUUAUAAGGAGUUCGCAGAAAGUGGCUAAUAGAGAUUUGAAAAAGGAAAAUUCCGCUUCUUCAGGAUUUUCAACCUUUCGAAAAAACCCAUCAAAAAGAAACAACAAAUUACGCAAUCAGAAUAAGAACCUUAUCAACGAUUUUCGAAAAACUGGACAAUUUCAAUGAAGCUUAAAUGAAAAUAAGUAUAGGAAAAUUACAAAACUAAAAGGAAAGGAACAAGAACUUUAUAGUCGUCCGAGUUCCAAUGCAAAAGUGUUGCGCGCUCCAGGCUUGUGCGAGGACUGGCCCGUCAGGCGGCAAGCGGACGUGCUCCGAACGUUUCUGAUUCCUAUAAAUCACUGAAGAGAGCUCACGCUAUCAAAGGGGUCACUAGAAAUGCCCCGACCCGUCCGAAUCACGUCCGGUUCGCGUUACCAAGGUCCGCGUAGGGUAGGGACCGCAAAGCCACGCCCACUUUGGGCGAAAUUUUUUUUCACGUCGCACUGAGGUCUUUUCUUUUUCUCAUAGCGUGUGUAUAAAAGCAAUAAUAUGUUAGAAAUAUAUGUUUUGAGACAUAAUUUAAUGCCUAGAUUCAGAUUUUCAGCGACGACCCUAUGUUUUUUUGUUCUCAAUUUAACGAAAAGCAUUUAUCAAUAAUUUUUAAAAAAAUAAGUUUCUAAAAAUGUUGCAGAAAAAAUAAUUACGGCUUUUUUGUAUGAAGCACCAAAACGACAAUAUUUUUGCGACUUCACACCAAAAAUCAAUUUUCUCUGUUAAGAGAAGAUAAUUAGAACACAUUAAAAGAAAGAACGGAAAUUGAAAACAAAAAGAAAUUAUGCAAAUUAUUUCAAGAAUAAGCACCAUUACGCGCAAAAUUUAGAGAUUCUCAUGCGGGAAGGAGAGUGGUACGCCCGACGGCGGCCAUUCAAUUUUAGAUAUCUUGACUGUUUCUCUACAUUCAACAACAAUAGAAUCAAAAAACGAGUCGCGCACCGACGCGCAUAAAAUAUAAAACGGUGACAUUUGUAUUUUUUUUCGAACAAAAAGUGUGCAAUGUUACGCGCGCGUGAUGCGUUUUUGCGUGUUCCAAUAAAAAAAAUAAUUUUUUUAAUUUCCGGUGCAAAAUUCAUUAUUUUUUUCGAUUUAAAAACGUUUAUCGUUAAAAAAAUUCUUUUUAAAAAAAGGGUUGGAAAAAUAUUUUCACAGCUCUCGCGAAGGAGAGUUUGUCGAAGGAACGCUUAAAAAAAUAUUUAUUAGUCCUGUUAUUUUUUUGACUAAAAAAAUAAAAAAAUCGAAAAAAAUGAAAUUUUUCGUUUUAUUUUUUUCUUACUUUGCGCUAUUCUGAACUUUUUUCUGAAUAUUAGGGACUUACUUUGCGCUCUUCUGAAUUUUUUUUGAAUAUCAGAAUUUUUUCUGAAUAUCAGGGAUGUUGUCGAUUUGUUCAAACUAGAAAAAGUGUGAAGUUUACACUUCACUUCUUUUUUGAACUUUUUUUCUUGUUGCAUUGCUCGGAGUAGGAUGAACUUGAAGUUUUCAGCUUCAUUUCAAGGACGUUUUAUAUGUUACAAAAACUAUUAGAACAUCUAAUGGAGAUUUUUUUCAUAUUAAAUAAUCUUUGUUUGAUAUUUUACUGGUUCGAUUGGAAAAUCUGAUUAUUUCUAUCGAUUAGACCUUGAAUUUUUUUUGGCUUUAUUGUUUUUAUAUGGUUCUUCAUAUGGCGAUUCCAGCGCAGCAUAUUAAAUUCACCAAAAAAUUUUAUAGACGAUUCACGGCUAGCUUAAGACGCAAAAAGGCGAGGCCUGUCUGCGCUCUCCACCAACCAAGGCACUGCCUCGUCUCUUUUCGUGGCAGGACCCUUUUUUCGAUAGCUCAAGCCAGCCGUGAAUCAGCUAUAUUUCAUUUACAGAAUCGUGUUUCAAAAAUUUUUCUAACUGAACUUGUAAGCGCGCCCGAAAAUGGCAUAGGCUCCUCCCAUUUUUCCUCCUGUCUGCGGAGAAACACGGUUCAGUGCUAAACGCAUUCCCGAGAUGCCCUUAAUUUUGUCGAAUUUUCUCUGCGUUCAUUCAACUAGGUGCCGAGAUAUUUUGGGAAUGUCUAUUUGAGGAUAUUAGCUAACAGAAAACAUAAAAUUUGAAUUUGUAUGAUCAUUAUGAGAAAAUAGGAUGCGGUCCUUAGCGUAGGGGCUGCACAAGGAAUUUUUGCCAAAAGGCAAAGUAAUUUGGUAUCUUUCAAAUAUAGUCUGUGUGCCGCGACUUGAAAUUCACCGAACGACAUUCCGCUGUUCCGCUACGUGCGUUCGCGAAGCGUCUUUCGAAUAUAGGUCACGCUUUCAAUUGAUUGUUAUGCGCAGCGGCACAGCGGAAUGUCGUUUGGUGAAAUUCCAAGACGUGGUUUCAUAGCUUCUACAUAAAACGAUUUCGAAAAUUGAAAUAUAUAUUCUAGAAAACCUGAAAAACUUUUUUUGAAUAUUAUUUCUUUUAAAAAUUUUCAAAAAUAAUUCCCAACAACGACAUAAACCAGAAAACGAAACCCUUUCAAUAUAAUUUACAAAAAUACAAUAAACUGAUGAUGAUGGUAGUGCGAUAUGGAAGGUAGAAAUAAAGCGGGUCCUAAUUGCGAAUAUCAAAAAGGGUCGUCGAUUAUUUUUCGAAAAAAUCCAAAGAGUUGGGCAACAACCUAAUAUUAUCAUUUGAACUGGCCAGAAACAAAUCGAAACGUUUUCCAGAAGAGGAUCUUUACGGAGGUUAUUUAAAAAGUGGAUAUCCUUCAUCUUCUUCUCCAUCGGGACUUCUGAACAACAACAACAAUAACAAUAAAAAGGCUGCUGCUCUAUCAGGCUACUACGGCAGCAUCGCUGCCAUGCGCAACAUGAAGCCUUACAAAACUAAAGUGCCGUUUGAUUACCCGCGUUAGUGAUACUUUUGUUUUUCCUAUUCAGUGGGUAUAUUGCAGCUGAGUACACGAGAAACGACUUGGUCUUUGCCUCGGCGGCUUCUCUCGGCGGCUCGCAAACGAUUCCUUCCUUCCGAGAACUGGCGGCCACCUACGGAAACAGAUAUGGACGUGGGUACACGACGCGGGAACGGUUUGCCGGCGAAGCGCCACCUUACGGGAUGGGUGGAUUUCCUUCGGCGUAUCCGCAGCCAACGCGACUUCUGCCUCAGGACUUUGGCUUCGGCAGCUCGAACCAGUGGAAUGGCGGCAAGGCGGUCAAGAUGGGCAAAGACGCUGCUAUCGGAGAUUCCUACAACGACGACGAGGAAUACAAGAACAAGCAGAAGGCGGUCGCAAAAAAACAAAGGAGAUAG